CCUGCGCCGCCGGCACCUGCACCGCCGGCACCUGCACCGCCGGCACCUGCACCGCCGGCACCUGCACCGCCGGCACCUGCACCUGCACCGCCGGCACCGGCACCUGCACCGCCGGCACCUGCGCCGGCCACUCCACCGGCACCUGCACCGCCGGCACCUGCGCCGGCCACUCCACCGGCACCUGCACCGCCGGCACCUGCGCCGGCCACUCCACCGGCACCUGCACCGCCGGCACCUGCGCCGGCCACUCCACCGGCACCUGCACCGCCGGCACCUGCGCCGGCCACUCCACCGGCACCUGCACCGCCGGCACCUGCGCCGGCCACUCCACCGGCACCUGCACCGCCGGCACCUGCGCCGGCCACUCCACCGGCACCUGCACCGCCGGCACCUGCGCCGGCCACUCCACCGGCACCUGCACCGCCGGCACCUGCGCCGGCCACUCCACCGGCGCCUGCACCGCCGGCACCUGCGCCGGCCACUCCACCGGCGCCUGCACCUGCACCUGCGCCGGCCACUCCACCGGCGCCUGCACCUGCACCUGCGCCGGCCACUCCACCGGCGCCUGCACCUGCACCUGCGCCGGCCACUCCACCGGCGCCUGCACCUGCACCUGCGCCGGCCACUCCACCGGCGCCUGCACCUGCACCUGCGCCGGCCACUCCACCGGCGCCUGCACCUGCACCUGCGCCGGCCACUCCACCGGCGCCUGCACCUGCACCUGCGCCGGCCACUCCACCGGCUCCUGCGCCUGCACCUGCGCCGGCCACUCCACCGGCUCCGGCGCCUGCACCUGCGCCGGCCACUCCACCGGCUCCGGCGCCUGCACCUGCCACUCCACCGGCUCCGGCGCCUGCACCUGCCACUCCACCGGCUCCGGCGCCUGCACCUGCCACUCCACCGGCGCCUGCACCUGCCACUCCACCGGCGCCUGCACCUGCCACUCCACCGGCGCCUGCACCUGCCACUCCACCGGCGCCUGCACCUGCCACUCCACCGGCGCCUGCACCUGCCACUCCACCGGCGCCUGCACCUGCCACUCCACCGGCGCCUGUGCCGCCCGCCGUUCCACCUGCGUUAACCGUUACACUAUUAUCACAGUCUAUUAGCUGAUCAAAACAAGUUCCAGAGAGCGGCGAAAUGCUGAUGCACGCAUGGAAGUUCGUUAAACACGUUGCAGAGAUCCUCACAACACCAAAGAUUCUCCCGGUAUCCG